CUAAGCCCCGCCCAUCCAGCCACCACCGCUACCGUAGCAACAGCGGCAUGCUAAUUUAGCUCAGCGCUGCUUAAACUGCAAACCCUGUCAGCAUCCCGGAUCCAGCAAACAUUUAUAAAGAGUUUCGGGCAGUUUUAAACUCGGAGGGGACAAAACUUAUAUCCGGGAUGUGCUCCGUGGUCGGAUGUGAUUCGCUUCGUCGCAGUGCGCAACGGUUCAAGUUACCGGAGGACCCGGAGAGGAGGCUGGAGUGGGUUCAGUUUCUGGCCACAGUCAAUAAACAGCGAUUUAAAGAGUCAUCGUGGACUGACAUCACUAUCUGUCGGGAACACUUUGACGAUGACUGCUUCGUACAGCUCACUGACAGCGUGCAGCUGAAGCCUGGUUCUGUUCCAACAGUGUGUCCACAGUCAGAGGAUCCAGAGCCGAACCUGGGCAGCAGUAAAUGUGAGGAGUCUGUGGAUAACACAGAAGUUGUUUAUGAACAUGAUCGACUCAGAACAUGUGAUGGCCCAACUGUAUGUUCGGAAGACUCAAGGCCAGCUUCAUCGGCCUCCCAAGAAGGCCUGGCCCCCAGAGACGUCUCAUGUCCAGAUGAUCCCUCAGAUGCAUUCAUAUCUACAUAUAAUCAGAUGCAAGCAAAAAAUGUGGAUAGGGAUUUAAUCAGGAAAAAAGCUGCUCUUCUAAAGAUGGCCGGGAAGUUUGUUGUGAAUGAAAAGCGGCUUCUCCAGCUGUUCAGCUCCAAGUGUCCGUCAUGUGGAGGUGAACUUCAGAUGAACAAGGUCACCCGCGGCCUCCUCGUCAUCGUGGACCAGCACUGUCUUCAGUGUGGCUACACGUACCAGUGGAAAAGUCAGGCUGAUGGUUGUGCACCAGCAGCUGAAGAUAAACAUCUGACAGGAGGCACAGAAGCAGCAGCAACAGAUGACACCCACAGCGGCAUCACAGGGGUCCCUGAGAUUGUUGCAGUUAUCGAUGAGGAGAGUGAUGCCGUGAAUGAAACAGAGGAAUCAAGCGAUCCUGGUGACAUGGACUCCGAUGAGGACUGGAAGCCAGUGAAGGAUUUUUUCCCACUUGGAGUGCUUCCAAGCCAACCUGAUGAGGAAUCCAAAGAUGAAGGGGAAGAAGAGGCGGCUGAUUAUCCCUCCAUCCUCCCUCAACACACUGAGCUCUGUACAGACUGUGGAAAGUUUUUUAAUAAAAGAAAGUCGCACACCUGUGAGCACAAAAUAAAGCCCUAUUCCUGCUAUAUUUGUGGCAAGAGAUGUGUCAGCAAGAUCGCGCUCAAUUCUCACAGCAGAAUCCACAAUGAAAGUUACGAGCAUCGGUGCAAAUAUUGUCACGUUACAUUCAGAACAAAGGUGGGCAAAAUGACCCAUGAGCAGACCCACCAAACUGAAGGAAAACCCUAUAAAUGUCCAGACUGUUCAGAGACAUUUGCCUCUAAUAGGGAGCGAACACUUCACCUGGAAGACCACAGAGGCCCCAGGCAGCUAACAUGUCACAUCUGUGGGAUGGACUUCCUUUGGCCGCUUUCUCUCCAGAGACACUUGGCGGUUCAUACUGGAGCAAAGCCUUUUAAGUGCUCGGUGUGCCAACGUGGCUUCAACCAGCCGAGUCACCUGAAAUCCCACAUGCGCCUGCACACAGGGGAGAGACCUUACAAGUGUCAGCACUGUGAUAAAUGCUUCAAUCACAACGUGAGCUUGAAGAGUCACAUCCAGCGUUACCACACAUCCAGCUCUGGACGUGAGCAGACGAAGGAAAAGAUAAACGAAAGGGAAAGUGACACUGGUGAUGCUCAGUGUAAAGGGAACAACAGAAGUGUGGACUCUGGCCUUGACAAUGCAGAAGAAGAAGAGGAUACAGAAGAAGAGGUGCAGAAGGAGAGAGUACAUAGCUUUAAAAAGAAAAGGAGAAGCACGGGUAGACCCAUAGGACGGCCUAAGAGCUUUGGAUCGGGUAACACGGUUCUGUCAGUUCAAAUGGAAGGUCAGGUAUCAAACACUAAGACUGGAGCACUUAAUGUGCAGGAGCUAAACAGAACACAAUGCAGCGAUGAAGAAAGUGAAGACAAAUCGUCUGAAAGCGACACAUCCUUCGAUUCAGCAGCGGAGGAAGAGGAGAGAAGCAAGAAAGCGAUGAAGAACACAGCAGGAUCAAGAGGAAAACUAAAACUUUCUGACAGUGACUCUGAUUUUAAGCCAGCAGACAGAAAGAAGAAGAGGUGCAGCAGCCAAAACCAAGGAAAAAGCUUAGGGAAGCGCAGAGGAAGACCUAGAAAAAAUCUAGUGAUGUAAAGACUUUUAAAGUGUACAAAGUCAAAUAAUUAAUUUUAUUGCAAAGUAAAAGAACGAGGAGUCACACGAAGGGGACAUUUAUUUCCUUGACAAUGGCUUAAUAUGAGGUACAAAUACUUAGGUCUUGGCCAGAGUUUAGAUUGCAGUUUGAGAAUACAUGUUCACUAAUGUGUGUAACAUAACAUCAGACUGGAAUGAAAUAUAUUAAAUAUAUAUUAGGUGACAAUGCUCUUGUCUGCUAUGUAUUUCAAAUACACUAUUCUUUAUAUUACAGUCAUAUAAAAUUAUGUAUGAUAUGUAAAGUGCUCAGAAGUUAUUCACACAUGUUGCAAACUUCUUCUCUGCAUCUAAUCCCAUCACUGUUCAGAAUAGCAUAUGAGAAACCGUUAUUCUUCAGAAAAGUUAGGAGUGCAUUUUUCAUUUUGUGGCAACAGAGAGAGAAACUGUUUCAACUGCUUCUGUAGUUUGGCAGCAAACAUAAAUACCAAUAAACCCCUACAGCACCUAAGGAAAAUGUUUCCGUA